AUGACUGUCUCCGAAGCACAGGAGGCUUCAUACACUCGACUCUUCCAGCUGAAAGUGGCGCGAGUGAUUGCGGCUCAGCUCAUAAAAGCCGUGGCUUUCAUGCACGCGAGAGGUUAUGUCCACGCGGAUCUACAUCUUGGGAACGUCCUUCUCAAAUUUCCAGAGAGUAUACCUGAGAUGCCCUCGGAUAAACUUUUCGAUACCUUCGGCAGCCCUGUGCUGGAACCUGUGAAGAUUAUUGGCAACGACAAGGAGCAGCCGCUGCCGGUCGGUAUUCCCUCUCACAUAGUGAUCCCGGCCUGGUUCGGAACAAGAAGCGAGGAUAUCAAGCUUCACGAGGCGUCCAUAAUUUUGGCCGACUUUGGCGAAGCCUUCACACCACUCACUGAACAGAGGUUUUACUCGAACACCCCUCUCACCAUACGGCCGCCAGAAACCAGAUUUGAACCGGAAAAACCACUGUCAUUCGCUUCCGAUAUAUGGACACUGGGAUGCUCGAUCUGGACCAUCCUCGGACAACGGCCCCUAGUUGACACCUUCAGCUUCACAGACGACUACGCCACGAGAGAACAGGUGGACGCACUGGGGAGCUUGCCUCAGGACUGGUUGGCGCGGUGGGACGCCCGGUCUCGGUAUUUCGACAGCCGGGGAAAUCUGCUGGACCACACGUGCAAACGGCGGAGCCUAGAAGUUCGUUUUGACGACUCGAUCCAACUCCCCAGGCGGGACUGCGGCAUGGAGCCGGUGGGAGACCAGGAGAAGAUUGCUUUGCUUGGCAUGCUGAGGGCUAUGUUGGCGUUCUCUCCGGAAGAGAGGCCCACUGCCGUGAGUCUGUUGGAAUGCGAGUGGAUGGUGAAAUGGGCUCUUCCGGAUCUCUGCGAGGCCGACAUAGCGGGACCUUAG